AAAGGCCAUUUUGGUCCCAGUGUAUGCGACUGAGGACAGGACUCCGGGCUGCUGCUUUGAUGCCUCCGACCCCAGCCUCUGCUGAGGCACCUGAAGUCCGGGCUCUCUCCCUGCACCAAAGCCUCAGCUAUAAAUAGCAAGAAAAUUCGAAUGCAACGCUGCCUGCCUGUCUGCCCAAUUGUCGGCUAGAAGAAUGCCUUUCUUUUCACAAUCAAGGAUCCUCCGGAAGAUGGCCCAGCACUAUUUAUGGAUCUUGCUUCUUUGCCUACAAACCUGUCUGGAAGCAGCUGAAAGCAACACAAACAUCCUCACAGUGAGUGGGAUUCUGGGGGAGACAGUUACUUUCCCUUUAAAUAUCCAAGACGUACAGCAAGUUUCCACCAUUAAUUGGAGGAAUUCCAAAACAUCUGUUGCUGUGGUAGUGGCCCACUCAAACAAACCCCCACAAGUCCUUGUGACCCACCAAUAUUAUAAUCAACGAAUAAACGUCUCGAGUCAGAACUACAACCUGGAGAUAAGCAAUUUGAGGAUGGAGGAUUCAGAGACCUACAAAGCUGACAUAAAUACAGACAACUCCGAAAAGAAGACAUUCACCAGGACCUACAAACUUCAAGUUUAUCGUAGACUUGGGAAGCCGAAAAUUACUCAGAGUUUAAUGACAUCUGAGAACAGUACCUGUAAUGUCACACUGACAUGCUCCGUGGAGAAAGAAGAAGAAAAUGUGACAUACAGGUGGAGUCCCACAGGGAAAGAGGGUAGCGUUCUUCAAAUCUUCCAGAUUCCCAAAAACCAAGAGCUGAUUUACACCUGUACCGCCUGGAACCCCGUCAGCAACAAUUCUGACUCCAUCUCUGCCCAGCAGCUCUGUGCAGAUAGCGCCAUGAGCGUCCAUAUGCACCACGCGGGGUGGCUGAGCGGACUGGUUGUGCUCUUUCUGGUGAUACUCAUCCUUCCUGCAGUGCUUGUGUUCCUGUUUUGGAAGAGAGGACGAGAUUCCUCCUUCAAGAUCCUCAAGAGUAAGAAGAAACCUGAUGAUGUCUCAAAGAACACAAUAUACACAUGUGUCACGGCUCCAAAGGAUCCUCAGCCAGCAGAGCUCAGAAUCUACGAUGAAAUCUCGCUGUGUAAGAUGGACAAAACCGUCAGCACCCAGGGCAGAAAACCUCCUGGGAUUUCAAGCUAUGAAUCUGUGAUCUAGGCUGCCAGACAGCAUCCUCUCCAUGGAAACUGAACUAUAACCACAGAUAACGGCAGAUACCCUGGACCCAGACUUCCUCUGCCCAGAUCUUGCCUGAAGAUUGCAAACUAGCCACACACCCUGUAUGAAAAACAGGAAGCCCGCUGCUGCUGGACAUAGCUUGUGCUUAGAUAGGCAGACAGACAUGUGCCCGUUCUGAAAUGGGUGAAUUCCCUCCCUCGGCACAGUGCUUUCCGGUCUUCUUCACAUCACAGCACCUGUAGAAAAUGUUUUUAUGGCACAAUGACGUAAACCAUCAAGAUUGCUCAGGUCUGCAGGCUGCCUGUGGCUAGCGGCCUCUGGUGAUUACAGGUGGUGGCCCUUCCCCCCAACUCCAAACACAGAGAGGACCUGUGUGGCUGGAGGCACUGUAACAUGCCAUGGCACACCAGCGAGGAUGCUCUGCUUACACUCAACAUACAUGAGGAGCCCUGGCUCAUGGCUUGGGGGAAUUAGGCAAAGGCCCCCUUUUUCCCUAAGGCAGAUGCAGCCACUCACCCAAGUGCAUGGCUUGGUAAGGAGAGAGUGAGCUGCAUGCAUUUCAGCCUCCACUUGCCCCCUUUACCCAGGAACCUUUGUUCAUGUGCAACUGGCUGGCCCAGCGCAACCAUACAUGACGGUACAGCGUGAGAAGUCGUCAGCGCCUGGCUCCCCAAACACUGCUGGAAAAUGCACUUUCUGUGGGGUUCUAGCUUGCUGGGGCGUUUUUCUUCAGGCCUUACUUCAAAGGCUUCAUCAGACUUUCUUCCCAGCCAAGCUUCCCUUCCGUAUCACUCUGUGAUGGUUAACUUUAGGUGUCAACUCGGCAGGGGCAAGGGUGCACAGAUAUUUGGUCAAAUUUUACUCAAAUGCAUCUGUGAGGGUGUUUCUAGAUGAGAUUAACAUUUGAUUUUUUGUAGACUAAGUAAAGCACAUUAAUCCUG